ACUAUUAAUAUGGCCGGCUGCGUGAAAGUUUGUGCCUGGCUUGUGCGCACCAAUGAUAUAAGAUAUAAUCUACAACUGAAAUCAAGUGGAGUACUAAUAAAAGUCCUGCAGCAGGAAGUGUUGUGGCACAUACCCUCAGUGGGAGAUAGCCAUUCAGGAAGAGAAGAAGAAGCAGGAAGUGUACCUACGACGUAUAUUACCGCAGUUCGGACGAAAUACAAUACGUCCGCUUCGAUGACAUUAUUCAGUCAUAUGAUGUUCGUUGCACGAAAGAGCAGAUUGAUGAAGCAGGCAAAAAAAAUGAAAGUUCGAAAUCAAUGCCUUCGAUACAAGUUGCUGCGGGACAAAAGUGAUUUGAAUAAAUUUUCUGAAGCACAAAACAACGAUGUGAGGACCAUCAUCCGUGACGCGACCAUGAUGGCAUGGGAGGUGACGGGGGCGACGAAUGGUGAUAACAAAGAUAGUUUCAAGAAAUGUGAACAGAUUGAGCGAAUGGACAGCAACGCCUCAACGCUAACAGUCAUUCCGGAUAAUGGAUCAAAUGGAAUAAUCGAGUCUACUGCAAUCAUCGAACGGAAAAAAACAUUGAUCGACUCUGAUGACUACAAAUUGGAGAGAAUGGUAGCGUUUGUUUUCGAUCAAAAGUUUCACCCGGCCAACCAAUUGCAAGGGCUCAAACGGAGCAGGACUGUGCAACGACUAAGUAAAAAUCCAAAAAAAAAAUGCCAUAGAUUAGAUAAAUCGAUUGACGUGAAAUAUCUGGAAGCAUCAAGAGCAGAAAGCGAUGAACGGACCCGCGAAAGCAUCACAUUAAGCUGCGGUAUUCGAAUGGAUAAAUGAGAAAAAAAAUCAUUUUCGUUGGCUACACGUCAAAUUGAAUUCUCAAUGAGUUCUAAGGAAAAGAGUAUUAGCGUCGAAACAGACAGUACAAAAGAACUGCUCGCUGACGAAAAGGGAUGGUACGAGGAAUACUGGAGGAAAAGACAGAAAGCGCGAUCUGAAAGAAUGCCUAAAAAGUCUUCUGUUAUACUUUCUACUUUUACGGUUGGAUAAAUAUUUCAAGAAAAUUUUUUCUUGAUCACCUUUUUAUUUAAUAUAAUAUAAUAAUAAAAUAUUAAUGAGGUCUUCAUAGAAGUUCCGUCUGCAUAUAAUCCUGGCACAGUAUAAAAAUGAUUAUAACGAUGUUUUUAAUAUUGUGGAACAAAAAAUUAACGCAUUUAUCGUCGU